UCUCAAUAAACAUAUCACGUUCUCCGAUAAUCCUGCGCGUGUACCUCGUCAGCUAUGUCGUAUAACCACAACCAGUACGGCGGCCCACCCGACCAAGGGUAUUACGGAGGGCCUGGAUACGGAGACCAUGGCAACUAUCCUCAGCAACAAUAUGGUGGGCAACCACAGCAACAAGGCUAUUACCCGCCUCAGCAACAGCAGCCUUAUGGUCAGCCCCCGCACGAUCCGGCAUACUCGGCCGGUCCUCCCCCGUAUCAACAGGGUCACCACUACCCUCAACAGCCUCCACAAGGUGCAUACGGUCAACCACCUUACGGCCAACAACAUCCCGGACAUUAUGGACAUGACCCAAAUGCGAACUAUGGCCAUGAUCGCGGCCACUCCCCGUACCCUCCCCAACAGCAGCAACAAUAUCACAAGCCCCAUGGUGGCGAGAAUUCUUCCUAUUACGGUGGACACCAUGCAGAAUAUCCAGCUCCACAGCAGGGAAAUGCGCAAGUGCCGGUUGGUGCUGAAGGGGAAAGAGGAUUGGGAUCGACGUUGCUCGGCGGCGCCGCUGGUAGCUUUCUAGGGCACAAGAUGGGUGGGGGCGCUCUAGGGACCGUAGGAGGUGCCGUGGCAGGCGCGGUAGGAAUGAAUGUCGCUUCCAAGAUGCACAAGAAGCACAAGAAGAAGAAGAAGUACGGCCGCAAGCGCUCAGGCAGCUCCAGUUCGUCGAGCUCGUCGAGUUCCAGCUCUAGCAGCUCUUAAGCGGGUAUACCUAUAUUUUAGAAGGCAGGUCCUUUCUUAUUACAGUUUGGCCGGAAGGCGCGAUUACUUCAUCAAAUUCAUGCUGUUUUCGGUCGCGACUUGUUGGUAGCGACUCUAAUUUGUGUCCCUAACGUGCUGUUAUCGUUAAAUUUCAAUGACCUUGGAAGCUAGAGAG